UUCACUAACUGCCGGCUUACACUUUCAGCUGUUUCAUAACGCACGCAGACGGAGUGUUGUCGGAAGUGACGCAGAUUGAAGUGAAGUCUCGCGAAAGUGCGGAGCGGCCAUUUUUCCUCCAUUGAUUGCUGUUUUGCUCACAGUCCAAGCAGAAAGAAAGUAACGCAGAUUAAACCGGAUUAAGAGCCCUUUAGCCCCAAAGUUGAUUCUUCGACACCGCCUGGUUUUGCCUAACACACUCAGAAUGGCGUCCGAAAGCGCCUCGCAGAGCUCUUGUUGACCGCGGACCGCGGCUGGAGGAUCAGAUGGAAAUGGUGCCCAGCGAAGAAAAGCAGCUUGUGCCCAAAGAGACUGGAAGUGCAGCGGAGGAGCCGAGAGUGCUGUGUAUAGUGCAGGACACCACCAAUGCCAAGACCGUCAAUGAGAGGCUGACGCUCAACCUGCCCGCCUCCACCACCGUCAACAAAUUCUACGAGGAUGUGGCUCACAAGGCUGGAUAUGUGAACGGCACUUUCUGCCUGGCGUGGGCCAACACUGGCAACAUGGCUCCUCUGGACCAGGCCAGUGAGAUGUCCCUGGUGUUGUCCGGUUUUGAGGCGGGGAAAAGAAAUUUCCUGCAGCUUACGGACAAGGACGGGGAGCAGCCUCAGAUCGCUUCAGAUGAAUCUGGCACAGCGGACAGCAGUGGUCAUGAAGACAGCUCUCAGGAUCGCUUCAUUGGACCCUUACCGCGGGAUGGAACUGUGGGCUGUAGCAGUGACUAUAGUAGCCCCAGUUACUCGUAUUCCUCCAUACUUAACAAAUCAGACACAGGUUAUGUUGGUUUGGUCAACCAAGCAAUGACCUGUUACCUGAACAGCCUCCUGCAGACCCUGUUCAUGACCCCUGAGUUCAGGAAUGCACUCUACAACUGGGAGUUUGAGGAGUCUGAGGAGGAUCCGGUCAACAGUAUCCCGUACCAGCUCCAGAGGCUGUUUGUGCUUCUGCAGACCAGUAAGAAGCGCGCCAUCGAGACCACAGACGUGACCCGCAGCUUUGGCUGGGACAGCAGUGAGGCCUGGCAGCAGCACGACGUCCAGGAGCUUUGCAGAGUCAUGUUUGAUGCACUAGAGCAGAAGUGGAAACAGACCGAGCAGGCUGACCUGAUCAACCAGCUUUACCAGGGCAAACUGAAGGACUAUGUGCGUUGUUUGGAGUGUGGCUAUGAGAGCUGGAGGAUUGACACAUACUUGGACAUCCCUCUGGUCAUCAGGCCCUUCGGGGCCAGCCAGGCUUUUGGCAGUGUGGAAGAAGCCCUGCAAGCCUUCAUCCAGCCUGAGACUCUCGACGGUCCCAACCAAUACUUCUGUGAGCGCUGCAAAAAGAAAUGUGACGCCCGCAAGGGCCUGAGAUUCCUCCAUUUCCCAUACCUGCUGACUCUGCAGCUGAAACGCUUCGACUUUGAUUACACAACUAUGCACCGCAUUAAACUCAAUGACCGCAUGACCUUCCCAGAGGAGCUGGACAUGAGCCCCUUCAUCGAUGUUGAGGACGAGAAAUCACCUCAGACAGAGAGCUGCACUGACAGUGGGGCGGAGAAUGAAGGAAGCUGCCACAGUGACCAGCUGAGCAAUGAUUUCUCCACGGAUGAUGCCGUGGACGAGGGCAUCUGUCUGGAUAACACCAGCAGCACAGAGCGGGUGCUCAAACCAAAGAGCUCCUUGACCUUUGAACUCUUCUCAGUCAUGGUGCAUUCUGGGAGUGCUGCAGGUGGGCACUACUACGCCUGCAUCAAGUCCUUCAGUGACAGCCAAUGGUACAGCUUCAAUGACCAGCACGUCAGCAAGAUCACGCAGGAUGACAUCCGGAAGACAUAUGGCGGAUCCUCAGGGAGCAGAGGCUAUUACUCCAGUGCCUUUGCCAGCUCUACAAAUGCAUAUAUGUUCAUGUACAGACUAAAAGACCCCUCCAGGAAUGCAAAAUUCCUGGAAGUGGAGGACUUCCCAGAACACAUAAAGAGACUGAUGCAGCGAGAGAAAGAGUCUGAAGAACAGGAGAAGAGGCAAAGAGAGAUUGAGCGCAACACAUGCAAGAUCAAGCUAUUCUGCAUGCAUCCAGUGAAAAUUAUGAUGGUGGAGAAUAAGCUAGAGGUUCACAAGGACAAAACUCUCCGAGAAGCAACAGAAAUGGCAUACAAGCUGAUGGAUCUUGAGGGAGUGGUGCCACUGGACUGCUGUCGAUUGGUCAAAUAUGAUGAGUUUCACGAAUAUCUAGAACGUUCGUAUGAAGGGGAGGAAGACAUGCCUAUGGGUCUGCUGCUCGGCGGGGUGAAAUCUUCAUACAUGUUUGACCUGCUCCUGGAGAUCCGCAGGCCUGACCAAAUGUUCCAGCCCUACAAACCUGGAGAGCCCAUUGCAGUUUUCGUGGAGAGCUCAGACUCAACGGAUCAUCAGGCCGUUUUCACUGACUCUGUUUUGUGGAAGCUCCUGGAUCGGCACGGGAACACAAUCAGACUGUCUGUCUCCUUGCCCGAGCAGUCGCCAGGCUCUUUGGCCAAUAGAACUAAUUGCCCCAAAGCUAGCGCUGACUCUGAGGACUCUUUGGAGGGGGCGAAGGGCAGCAGGAAGUCAGUGGAGGCCAUUCUUGAAGAGAGCACAGAGAAGCUGAAGAACCUUUCUUUACAACAACAGCAACAACAGCAGCAUCAGCAGCAAUCCUCCAGCACCAGUGACAGUCAGAAGAGCUCAGAACACAGCGACUUCGAGCACAUUGAGUCACCAGCACAGGAGCCGGAUGCUGCCUCGCAGUCUUCCCAGACGGAGAACUGCACACGGGCCGCCUCCGACACGGAGAACCAGUUCCCCUCUGAGGAUCGCUCUGACUCGGACGCCAAUAACGACCGCAGCACCAGCUCGGUGGACAGUGACAUCCUGAGCUCCAGCCACAGCAGCGACACGCUGUGUAACGCGGACAGCGGCCCGCUCCCGCUGGCUAACGGCCUCGACUCGCACAGCAUCACCAGCAGCCGGCGCUCCAAAGCACACGAGGGGAAGAAGGAGACGUGGGACACGGCGGAGGAGGACUCUGGCACGGACAGCGAGUACGAUGAGCACGGCAAGAGAAAAGCUGACUCCCAGUACCUGUACUUCAAAGCAGAGCCAUACUCUCAGGAGGACGGAUCUGGAGAAGGACAGAAAUGUUUACUUGUCCAUGUUGACAAGAGGAUCACACUGGCAGCAUUCAAACAGAAUCUAGAGCCAUUUGUUGGUGUCCCCUCCACUCAGUUUAAGGUCUUCCGGGUUUAUGCCAACAACCAGGAGUUUGAGAGUGUGCGGCUUAAUGAGACGCUCUCUUCUUUCUCUGAUGACAACAAGAUCACGAUUCGAUUGGGACGUGCACUGAAGAAAGGAGAAUACAGGGUGAAGGUGUACCAGCUGCUAGUCAAUGAUCCAGAGCCCUGUAAGUUCCUUUUGGACACUGUGUUCGCUAAGGGCAUGACUGUUCGACAGUCUAAGGAGGAGUUGCUGCCUCAACUCAAAGACCAGUGCAAACUGGACCUCAGUAUAGAUAGGUUUAGACUCAGGAAGAAGACCUGGAAGAACCCAGGCACAGUGUUUCUGGAUUAUCACGUCUAUGAGGAGGACAUCAACAUCUCCAGCAACUGGGAGGUGUUCCUAGAAGUCCUUGAAGAAUCAGAGCGGAUGAAGUCCAUGUCCCAGUUGGCGGUUCUGACCCGUCGCUGGUGCCCAGCCCAGAUGAAGCUGGAGGCCUUCCGGGAGGUGGUGCUGGAGAGCAGCAGUGUAGAGGAGCUCAAGGAGAAGCUCAGUGAAUUGAGUGGAAUUCCUCUUGAAAAUUUGGAGUUUGCCAAGGGACGAGGAACUUUUCCUUGUGACAUUUCAGUGUUGGAGAUCCAUCAGGAUUUAGAUUGGAAUCCUAAAGUCUCCACCCUCAAUGUCUGGCCACUCUACAUCUGUGAUGAUGGUGCCGUGAUCUUCUACAGGGACAGCACCGAGGAGCUCAUGCAGCUGUCUGAGGAGGAGCGCAAUGAACUGAUGAAGAAGGAGAGCAGCCGCCUUCUGAAGAUGGGCCACCGGGUCAGCUACUCCCCCCGCAAAGAAAAGGCCCUCAAAAUUUACUUAGACGGAGGGCCCACCAAAGACCCUGGGCAGGACUGAGACGGGGAGGAAACUAUCCUUCCCUAUUUUCUAUCUGGCCUGCCCGCUGCAGUGUAGCGCUGCCUCGCCAGCGACCCUGGCGUUUGGGCCCCACGUUGAAUCAACGUCACCAGUGCUGUCCAGCUGACGCUCUCUUCUUUGAGCUCCAGAACGCAUAGCGUGGCUCCGAGUACAAUUGUGCACCAUAGUUUAUUGUACUGUAAAGUUUAAAGGGAAGUGCAAAAGCCAUUUCAAGUUCAAAAUCAUUCAGAUAAAUCAAUUUAAUAAUACAGAGAUGGGUGCACUCGUUAGAGGAAAGGGGGCAGUUUGGGAGAUAUUUUAUCGCCCUCUUCAUUUCUUUCAUCAGUUUGCACUCUCAGUGCACCAUCUCCAUUGAUUUUCACCCCGUCGUUCUGCAUUUGCUGUUUGUCCAUCACUCACUCUCUGAUUUUGAGAUGCGAUCAAAUUCUCACGUUCUCAACGUCCAUCAUCCCGAGUCUUUUCAGCACUCGAGCACAGCGCCUAACGUAUCCAGCCCCGCAUCUUCCAUUGCAUAGAGCUCUUCAAUCAACUCCAGUCAUAGUGACACUUUCACUUGAAAUUUUGGGUAUGAUGCUCUCACUUGAAUAUUGGGAUAUCUCUCCUUUUGUUUAUUUAACACAUAGUUGUGAAAUUAAAUGCUUAUUUUCUGGCUGAAGAGGUUCUAUUCUUGCAAUUCAUGCUUCCUUUUGUGUGUGGGUGUUGCCCACUGACUGCUGAAGCUCCACCCACUUUAUAGGGAGCUCCGCCCCCUCUCACUACACUUCCUACUGGGGCUUUUGACACUGGUACAUAUGAAUUUGCAAGGCUUUAAGAGUAGGGCGAUAUGAAUCAAGUAGUGUGCUUUGUUCACCCGAUUCAUUUUUUUGUUGUUUUUUUCUUGUAAAUUAUUUCACUACAGACUGAUGACGAUGUUAGGUCUUGUGAGUGACUUUUAAUGGCCCGCGUUUUAAUUUUUUUGAUCUGUACUCGGCGUUUCUUUUUUCCAUUUAGACAUGUCUUGUGUUUCUUUUUCAUUUUUUGUUUUUAUUUCUGCACAAUGUGAACAGAGCCUCUUGGUUCAGAUGUGGUGUGUGUGGAAAUGCUUCUCUGCUGUUUUCGCGUAGUUGGAAAGCAGAGGGUGCAGACGCCCCACUGAAUGAGCGCCAGUGUCAGGGCUCGACUGAACCACUGCAGGUUUCUGGGCUUCUAAUGCUGCCACAAGCUGUUCACAGUAGUCUUGCCAAUACUGAAAUAAAAAGCAACAAUCA